AGAAAGUUUUUUCCCAAAUCUACUACAAAUUUUCAAGGAUCUCUCGCCUCUACUUUUGAUGUUUUGUGAAGUUUUGGUUAACAACAAGCAAGAAAAAUUUUGUACAUCAGAACUUUAUCAUCAAGCUUAGAUAUUGACUCUUAUCUUCUAAAAUUUACAGAGUAAGAAGAUAAAUUAUUUCUUAUUUCGUAUUACAUAAAAUAUUCUUAUUUUUUAUUAGAUAAGAUGUCAACGAUAGUUUAUAAACAAUAUUCAUGUGAUCAUGUUGAAUUAUUAAAGGAAAGAUCAGUACAAGUCACUGAUGAUAUUGAACAAUUUCUUUACAAAUCAAUGCCAAUAUCAACUGCGGUCAAAGCAGAAAAUACGACAAUUAAUUUAUCCAAACAAUCGAAAUCAAAACAUCAGGAUAAAGAUAAAUCUAAAUUGAAUGAUUUUUUUUCGAAAGCAUUUGGAGUAAAUAUAACAGAUGAAAAAGUCAAAUAUCCAUCGAUAAAAGAGAUAUUUCGAAAUGCUACAAGUGAUUUAUUUGAAAAACCUGUUCAAGACGACUUGAAAAAAAAAGAAUCAUCAAGACAACAAAUGAAAUAG